AUGCCCGUCGAACGCCAACCCGCCCAAAAACGCCGACGACUCCCCUUCAACCCACCGCGGCGCGCGUCUCCCGGCGAGGGACCCUCGAAUCCAGCACCAGCAACAAAAUCCAACACAAAAAACACCACAACCACCUCCUCAAGCACCUCAAAUCCAAAACUUAAGCGCAAAUCAACAACAACAGCAUCUUCCUCCCGCAAAAAAGCCCCAUCCCCCACCCCCUCCGCCUCACCCUCCGACUCCGCCCCCGAAGACAACAACAACCGCGACCCCUCCGAAGACGAAGAACCAAAUUACAUGCUCGCGGAAAUAAUUUACGGCAAGGAAUCCAAAGACGUAACGACAAGCGACCCCGCGAUUCCGGGGAAAUUGCUUACGAGGUUACUGCAUCAUAACUUCCAGAGCGAGAAGACGAAGAUCGCGAAGGAUGCGAAUGAGGUUGUGGCGAAGUAUAUUGAUGUUUUUGUGAGGGAGGCGCUGGCCAGGGCUGCGUAUGAGAGGGCUGAGGGUGGGGGUGGCGGGGGGAGUGUUGGGGAUGGGUUUUUGGAGGUCGAGGAUCUCGAGAAGAUGGCGCCGCAGCUUGUUUUGGAUUUCUAG